AUGGCAUCAAGGGGUAUAAAAAUAUUAUGCAACAAAUGUGAUAAGGAAAUACAUCAUAAGGAAUUUCUUAAAUGUUAUGUAUGCAAAUACAUUUAUGAAAUUGAAUGCUUAAGUAUAACAUCCAAACGCUUCUAUCUAAUGUCUAAAGAACGUAAACUUAAAUGGAAGUGCCAAACUUGCUUAGGACAGAAUACAGAUGUUACAGAAGCUAAAACCCCACAAAAACUAAGCAAUGUGACAAAAUCAUGUUCAUUAAAAAAAACUUUGCGUACUGAUGAAAACAUAACACAGAGAAAGCCAAGAGUGGGUAAACACAUUUCAAUUGAAGAUUUAUCAAGUAAUGAGAUCUUAGAAAACUCCACAUUCUUAGAUGAUAGUUCACAAAGUUUACCUAAUUUGACAACCACGGAAAGCUCCCUGAUUAAUGAUCUAAGGAAUGAAAUACAUGCGCUUUCUACACAACUAUCUAGCGCACACAACGAAAUAGAUUUAUUAAAUUUGGAAAUCACAAAACAUCAAAAGAAAAUUACUGAACAGCAAAAGAAGCUCGAUAUAUACAAAAAACUUUUGUCAAAUGGAGAAGUAUCUUCACGAAGGUCAACACCGUUGAAGUUAGAUAAAAUUACACCGAUAAAAUUAGAUAAAAUUAUAUCCAAAUCACAGGAUACGAAUAGUAAAACCAAAGUUGAACAAAGUCUAAAUACUCAUUCGAUCACAGGAAAAGACCUAAAACUGCAAGAAACUUGCAUAGAAAAAAAGAAAGAUGUAUGCAAUACAUCCAAUAAAACACUUAUGUCCCCUUCACCUUUAGCAACAUAUACGGAGGCAAAACCUAAUAAUAAAAAGAAUACGAUCACAAUUCUUGGGGAUGAAAAUACGUCGGGUUUAUCUUCAGCUUUAUACAAAUCAAGAGAAGGAAAAUGGAAUAAUAAGUAUAUGCCAUUAGCUAUAAUAAAACCAAACGCUUCUUCAUGUGAUAUUUUAAUGCAUUGCAACCAACUUGAAGAUACAGUAACAUUAAGUGACUAUGUUAUACUGUGUGUUGGGAGCCAUGACAAAAAUCCGUAUAAAUUAUAUUCUAAUCUUAGCGUUGCUUUGUAUAAACUCCGCAAAACUAAUGUUUAUUUAUUACCUGUACUAAAUAAAAUCCGAAAGAAGUAUGCAUCGCUCGGAGACAACGUGGUUGUGGUCAAGUUGGAGCGGACCCCGAAAGCCGGGCUCGGUCUCAGUCUGGCCGGGCAUCGAGACCGAAGCAAGAUGGCGGUGUUCGUGUGCGGUAUGCAUCCAGCCGGAGCGGCUGCGAAGGCCACCCCAGCUGUCAAAGUCGGUGAUGAAAUCUUGGAGGUGAACGGCAUAGUGCUGCACGGCAGGUGUCACCUUAACGCAUCCGCUAUCAUCAAGGGCCUCGUGGGACCUGUGUUCAAGAUCAUCCUCCUCAGACGCAAAUCUGCCUUAGAAGAUGUUGCAGUGAAACCAUUGCUGCCAACACAGUUCCCAGUCGCUUUAGAAGAAGACUCGGAGGAUCGGUUUGCUGGGUACAAAGGCGUUCGCGACAUAACUAUCAAGAAGGGUCCGGCGGGCUUAGGCAUCAUGAUAAUAGAAGGUCGGCACCAGGAGGCUGGUCGUGGGAUAUUCGUGUCGGAUCUACAAGAGGGUAGUGCCGCGGAACAGGCCGGUAUGCAAAUUGGUGACAUGAUUUUAGCCGUCAACAGAGAUUCUUUAUUAAGCUGCAGUUAUGACGCCGCGGCCGCCAAACUUAAACAGACAGAAGGUGUGGUCAUAUUAACAGUAUGCAGUCCGAAUAUGAAGGAUCCAGAUAAAGAAGACCCUUCAGGAACCUCAGGGAAUCAAACUCCAGACGCACUAUCCGCUGGCGCUUCCCGACCGCAGACACCGAGGCCUUCGCCUGCAAAAGCGGAACCACCUCCCGAUCCAGCGACAGCUCAGAUAAAGCCCAAUCAAGAGAUGGUGAUCGAGAUUAACUCGGCCAACGAGAAUCUCGGGAUUAUCCUUUUGGGCGGAAGUGAUACCUUGAUUAACGGAGCAGCGGCGGUGAUAUUAGACAUUUAUAAGAACGGAGCUAUAGACAAAGAUGGCCGACUUAAAGUCGGAGAUCAGAUUCGCGAGUGCAAUGGCAUAGCGAUCACUAACAAAAUGGCACACGAGAGAAUUUGCUUGAGCAUUAAAGUGCGUGCUCCGAAGUUAAAGCUGACAGUGUUCCGACCCGAUCCGAUCCAGUACGAUGAGGUGGAAGUGGAGCUGUCCAGAAAAAGUGGUCGCGCCCUGGGUCUGGCGUGUGUAGCGCCCAUACAGGGUACCGGCGUGUACAUCGGCGAGCUGCUUCCCGGAUCCGCGGCGGAAGUGGACGGUAGACUCCAAAAGGGAGAUUUCUUGGUGUCAGUCGAUGGUAAAGACGUCUCCAGUGCGGACUACUUAGGAGCUGCGACUGCACUGAAGCUCUGCGGGAACAAAAUCAAAAUCAAAGUGAAAAGGUUCAAAAUUAUUAGUAAAUAA